CAAGAACGCAAGCAUCACCGGAAUCUGUCUGCACGUUUUUCAAAGGGGAUUCGGGUUUUGUCGGUUUAUAUUUGCGGGGAACGUCGUUUACUGAGGAAGAAGCUGUAUAAACGAAGAAGCUGCAGCAUGAGAAAAAAUUUUGGUCAAGACACCGGAUGAUCAGACAUAUUAUGGAAGAGUUUAACCAGUGUAAUGGUCAUUAUGCUGGGAGCUUUAACAUUGGGAAGUUCAGCUGGAAAUGGUUCUGUGGCUACUGAUCAGUGCAACUUUAGUUUUUAAUAAAAGAAGUGAUGGCUAAUCUCAAUAUGUCAGCAUUAGUUCUAUCAUCUGAAUCAUCGGAGCAAAGUGGAUCAGAUAUGACAAAUUCAAAUUUAAACCAACCUCCUCUGAACCAGCAAAGCCAUACCUGUCCCCAUGGUCAUGUGGCUAUUCUCUGGGACAUUGAGAACUGCCCAGUUCCAAUGGAUGUACGUCCUGAAGAUGUAGCAGGAAAUAUCAGAAUGGCAUUACGAGUUCACCCUGUAAUUAAAGGAGCUGUUACUAUGUUUUCUGCAUAUGGGGAUUUUAAUGCUUUCCCCAGGAGAGUCAGGGAGGGCUGCCAGAGAACUGGUGUCAAGCUCAUAGAUGUCCCAAAUGGGAGAAAGGAUGCAGCAGACAAAGCUAUCUUGGUUGACAUGUUUCUUUUUGCCCUUGACAACCCUCCACCUUCUUCCAUAAUGCUGAUAUCUGGGGAUGUUGAUUUUGCUCCUGCCCUUCACAUACUUGGCCAACGUGGUUAUACUGUGAUUCUUGUUAUUCCUUCUGGGAAGGGCGUUUCUUCUGCGCUGAGUAAUGCUGGUAGGUUUGUCUGGGACUGGCCAAGUGUGGCUCGUGGGGAGGGUUUUGUGCCUCCUGCUAAAGCCUUAGUUCCCCCUCGUGGAGGAUCUGCUGAUGUUGCUGGUUAUUUGAUGGGGUCCCAUAUCGGGGACAUGGAUGGCCAAAAUGAAGAAGAAUCUAUCGUAUAUAGAGGGGUCUUGCAAAGUUUUUACAACUCUAGAGAUUUCUCCGUAAUGUCUCAAUCUCUAUCUGAGUACAAUAAUUCUUUCACCAUGCCUUGUUUUCCCUCUACUUUGAGGUCACAGAGUCUCCCGUGUGGCUUGAACGAAGUUUCAGCAGGUCCUGUUUCUUCUGGGAACCAGAAUGAAUUCACCUUAUGGGUACAGCCGGGGGAUAUUAACGGUCUGAAGGGGCAGCUAGUAAAGUUGCUUGAAAUGUCAGGAGGAUGCCUGCCUCUUGCUCGCAUUCCUGCUGACUACCAAAAGAUAUAUGGAAGGCCUCUUUAUGUUUCAGAGUAUGGAGCAUGCAAGCUUGUGAAUCUUCUUAAGAAAAUGGCUGAUACAAUGGCUGUAGAGGGGAAAGGCAACAGAAAAUUUGUUUACCUGCGGAGCUCAAGAGCAAGUCCAAGCGCACCUCCAUUGGUUCUUGCUAAAAGGGAAAGGAGGGGGAAGGGUUCUCAGGAAGAGACUCUGGACAUAAUCACAGGUGGCAACUCUUCCGAUGAGUUCUCAGAAGAUGAAAGGGUGGUUGUAGAAGAACAUGAUGAGAGAAGGAAUGUAGGGAAUUUAGGGGCUACAGCUCAAUUUGAAAGUGAUGGCCGAAACCUUGAGCAGUUCAAGUAUGAGCUGCAGGAGAUACUAGUGAGCUAUUCCUGUCGUAUUUUCGUGGGUUGUUUUGAAGCAAUAUACCAGCAACGGUACAAGAAGCCUCUUGAUUAUCAGAGGUUUGGUGUUGUGGAGCUGGAGGAGCUGUUUGAAAAGGUGCAGGAUGUUGUCCUCCUACUUGAGGAACCAGUUAGCAAGAGAAAAUUUCUGGCUGCGGUCGAUGGCUAGUAAUAGUGGUUGUCGCCUUUCAGGUCCGCAAAAUUUUAACUUAGAAUUGGACAGUUGAGCUAUGCUUUUUGUUGCUCCUGCUUUAAUUUUUUUUUUUUAAUUUUUUGUUGACUUUUUAUUUUCCCCCAAUUGUGUGUGUGUGUGUUUUUUUCUUCAUUUUUUUUUUUUCGAGACUUGCAUAAAAGAUGACAGGAACAGCUAGGACUGUUUUUCUUUUGUACAUGUGUUUAACAUGGACACUAAGAUUAGUAUCAAAAUUCUCGUGUAAGACUACUGUGGUGUAACUAAUUUACUUGUAAAAUGGGAGUUCUGUAAA